AGCACAACUCAGAUCAACUCCUCUACCGAAGCUAAACUCUAGCUUUCACCAAGUAAAAGACUCUGACCGGAGCUGCAGUUUGACAAGAGAUCGACUCGAUCAGAAAAGCUCAAGAGCUCUGAGACUAAAAGGAAGAGUUUUUUUUCUCUCUCUCUACGGAGGUUUUUCUGGAAGACUUUACUACUAAAAAACAAGAGAAAGAUGUCUGCUGGGAUGAAGAAAGUGAUUUUACUGCCUCUGCUGUGCACCGUGAUGCUCUCAGACAUGGCUGCAGGUCAGGAGUGCAGCGGCCAGUGUUCGUGUCCGUCCACCCCUCCUCAGUGCGCACCGGGAGUCAGCUUGGUUCUGGACGGCUGCGGCUGCUGCAGGGUUUGCGCCAAACAAAUGGGGGAGCUGUGCACCGAAAAGGACGUGUGCGAUCCUCACAAAAGCCUCUACUGCGACUUCGGAGCCCCCAUCAACAGGCGCAUAGGAGUCUGCACAGCUCGAGAGGGAGCCACCUGUGUGUUCGGCGGGAUGGUGUACAAGAGCGGAGAGACUUUCCAGAGCAGCUGCAAGUACCAGUGUACCUGCCUGGACGGAGCUGUCGGCUGCGUACCCCUCUGCUCCAUGGAUAUCCGGCUGCCGAGCCCUGACUGCCCCAUGCCCAGACGGGUCAAGGUUCCUGGAAAGUGCUGCGAGGAGUGGGAGUGUGAUUCCCCCUACAGACACAGCUUCAUGGGCUCCGCUUUGGCCGCUUACAGAGAGGAGGAAACCUACGGCCCAGAUCCCUCCAUGAUGAGGGAGAACUGCCUGGUUCAGACUACUGAAUGGAGCGCCUGCUCUAAGACUUGUGGCCUUGGGAUCUCCACCAGGGUCACCAACGACAACCGCGAUUGCCGCCUGGAGAAGCAGACCCGGUUGUGCAUGGUGCGACCAUGCGAGUCCCAGCUGGAGCAAAGCAUUCGGAAAGGAAAAAAGUGCAUCCGUACCCCGAGACUCUCCAAACCCAUGAAGUUCGAGAUCUCCGGCUGCACCACCACCAAGUCCUACCGGCCCAAGUUCUGUGGCGUCUGCCUGGACGGCCGCUGCUGCACCCCCCACAGAACCACCACCCUGCCCAUGGAGUUCAAAUGCCCCGACGGACAGGUGAUGAAGAAGCACAUGAUGUUCAUCAAGUCCUGCGCCUGCCACCACAACUGCCCCGGCGAGAACGACAUCUUCGAGUCCAUGUACUACAAGAAGAUGAUGGGUGACAUGGCGUGAGGCGUCGCCGAAGCAGGACGAUCACAGCUUAUGACUUGAAACAGAACUCCAUCUCAUUUUUGCAGCUCAGUAUAUAUUUUCUCUUUUGUAAAAGUAGCCCAGACGCUUGUUUUUAGUGUCUGUUUUGUUGGCUGGUGCACGCCGGCCUCAAAGACUCAGACAGGGGGUUGCAUAAGCAGCUCCAAGAGAUUCCUGCACUAUAACUUCUUUUAUUUUUUUGAGAAACCUACUGUCAGGUUUCCACCCACCCCCCCUUUAAAAUCUCUACUACAAACCCGUCCAUUUUUACUGUAUAUCUAAACCUUGACCUCCUCUAUAAAUGAGGUGUCUAAUGAGUCCAAGACCAGACCUGCAAAACUCGAAGCAGCUGCAGAGGAAACCUGCAGACCACAGUGUUCCUCUUGUCCAAACAGGUCUCAAUGUGUCCUUGUGCGAAUGUGUGAAUGUGUGAGUUUGUGCGAGUGCGUCAGGCCUGAAUUUCAGCCUUGUCCGAGUGGAGGAAAGGUCAGAGUUUCCGCCCAACACGUGGACGAGAAAAGCGAACAGCAGCAAGCAGAGUUUAGGGUUAGAUAUGGAACACGGUGGGCUUUGCCAUGGCACUGAGAAAAGAAAAAAGAAAAAGAGUUGACUUACUGAUUCAGGUCAGAAAGAAGAAGAAGAAACCGAGCAUCUAUAGGAACAAAAAAAAUGUCUAUUUUGUGCAAAAAAAAAUAGAAGACUGGAAGAAUUGUAAUUUCAUUCCUUUUUUUGAUGUUAAUGUUGAUGUGUAAAUUGUAUAUUUGUACAGUUUAAGUUAAUUUAAAAAAAGCCAAUGUUUCUGUGCUUCGAAAUGUAUCAAUAGUGUAUUUUUUGUCGACUAUUUUUUACUAUUUUAUUGAGAAGUGUGACGAAAAUGUUACAUGUUUCACUUUGUAGCUGGAAAUAAAAUAUUAUAUUUUUAUACAAA